UUUGGAACUGGAUAUCUCGACGACGACAACCUCAAGCUUCACUCUCCCCGGUCAAUUUUCACGCCAAAACCUUCAUUCACAAUGUCUACCGCCCAGGAGCUCUCCAACAUUUCCUCGGACCUGAUCUGGGAGAUCGUCCGUGACAACAACUGCUUCUCCGCCAAGAGCAAGAAGAACGGCGGUGUUCAGUUCUCCCGAGACCCCCUUAACCUGACCAACAAGACUUCUCGCAAGCACGCUGGUUUCGUCAACGACAAGGCCCUCGGUAUCUCCUCUGGCGAGAAGGGUGCUAUUGUUGUCACCUCCAAGAAGGCUCAGCCCAACAAGCCCGCCCAGAACCUUGUCAAGACCUCUUACAGCGGAUCCAAGAGCAACCGCAAGACCUACCAGGCUGUUGCCAACCAGGCUGCCAAGAACGGUUACCGUGCUGACCUCCGCUCCGCUGCCGUUGAGCGUGCCUCCGCCCUGAAGAAGUCCAACAAGCCCGUCAAGCCCGAGCCCGAGCAGAAGCUCCGUGGCAACAAGGCCAAGAAGGCCGCCGCCGCCGCUGAGGAGAACUAAGCUGUCUAAUACCAAGAUAGAAAUGUAUUGUGAAUAAGGCUGGGGCAUGAAGCUAUGGAGGCAAGCUGCAUAGCCCACAACUGAUGAAAAGGGAUCAGUGUGGGAAUAGCACAUGAACCGAGGUCUCUGGGUCAUUCACUGCCGGAGUUAGUGAGCUCAAAAUGAAUGAAUAUCUUGCUGACAAUAUCGUCGGCAACCCAAAAUUU